AUGUCAUCUGGGAUUUCACUUGAAGACCUUCAUUUGUUCCACAAAAUUGAUAGAGAAGUGUUCACUCGACUCGUUGUGUACCUAUGUCGCAAUCCAGCAGAGUCACUUUUGGUUGUGUCUAUGUGGCUAUGGUUUGAAGAAGAACAUCUACCAAGCAUAAUUGACAAAAUGGUAAAGUUACCUAAUGAAAUUGUAAAUAAGUUGGCUGAAGAAGGUGCUACUUGUUUAAAAUGGAUCGAAUCGAAGGUUCCCCCCUCUGUUCUUAAUGAUGCAGGGGAUAUGCCUCUUACUUCUAUAAUAUUGAAAAGAACAGUUUCAUUCAACAUGUUUUACCAACAAAGGUUCACAAUGAUAAGUGGAAUUAAGGCAUUCUUGAACAAGGUGUGUGCAAUUAUAUUUGCUGACAUUUUACAUCAAACUAUUCCAGGACAAUCAAGAAUCCGUCUGAAUUCCCCUAUUCUUAUUCCUGGAUUCCCUCAUCCAACAUUUGGUCCUAUAACAGUUGUUCCAAGAUCCUUAGAUUCAAUAAUUCCUAGCAAAGGAUUAUGGGGCUGGUCAAUAAAAAAUGAUGCACAAGUGGAUGAUAGGACUAUGUUUUUAACAUUUUCAAGGGGAUUUCCUGUUACUGAAGGUGAAGUGAAGGAACUAUUCAAUUCUUGCUAUGGGGUUAAUUGUGUUGAGCAAGUUCAUAUGGUGCCAUUGACGUCUUCAUCAGAUCAUUCUCUCUAUGCCAGAAUGGUUGUGCGCGAUGUUUCAACCAUUGAUCAGAUUUUAUGCAGCGGAUCAAUUGCUAAGUUUAGGAUUAAUGGUAAACAUGUUUGGGCAAGGAAAUAUGAACGUAGAGAGCACCUUGAUAAAUUUAAUUAA